GCAGAAGUGGGUUCGGUAGCUGUCAGCGCCGGCGGGAGCGCGGCGGGGCGCGGGGUGGGCGCGGCCGACCGGGUCCCCGACCCAGCCCGCGACCCCCUACUCCCGCACACCCGGCACUUGGCCCACUCACUACCCGCUCGGCCGCGUUCUGAGCCCCUCGCUCCCUCGCCUUGCGCUCUCGCUCGCCGGCCCCCGGGAGGGCGGGUGCCGGAGACCCCGCGGGGGCUGAGGUUUGGCAAGCGGGCGGUGAGGGCCCGGCUGCGGCCUCCUCGCCAUGUCCUCGGUCCGCGACGCCAGUGGCCACUUCCCUUUGCACCUCCUCGUGUGGAACAACGACUACCGGCAGCUGGAGAAGGAGUUGCGGGGCCAGAAUGUGGAGGCUGUGGAUCCACGAGGUCGAACCUUAUUGCAUCUGGCUGUUUCUUUGGGACAUUUAGAAUCUGCUCGAGUCUUGCUCCGUCAUAAAGCAGACGUUACAAAAGAAAAUCGGGAGGGAUGGACAGUUCUACACGAGGCCGUGAGCACUGGCGACCCCGAGAUGGUGUAUACAGUUCUUCAGCACAGAGAUUACCACAACACAUCCAUGGCCCUCGAAGGAGUUCCUGAGCUGCUCCAAAAAAUUCUCCAGGUAUCCACAAAAAUGUGGCAUUGCCAUCGUUUGAUGCAUUUCUCUUCUCCAGUGCCCUUGGUUUCCAGAAUAUGUCCGAAUGAUGUCUGUCGCAUUUGGAAAAGUGGUGCCAAACUGCGCGUCGAUAUCACAUUGCUGGGAUUUGAGAACAUGAGCUGGAUAAGAGGGAGGCGUAGUUUUAUAUUUAAGGGAGAAGACAAUUGGGCGGAGCUGAUGGAAGUCAACCACGAUGACAAAGUGGUCACCACGGAACACUUUGAUCUUUCCCAGGAAAUGGUGCGCCUCACUCUGGACUUGAUGAAGCCAACAAGCCGGGAAAUUGAGAGGCGGCUCACAAGCCCAGUCAUUAACACCAGCCUUGAUACUAAAAAUAUUGCUUUUGAAAGAACUAAAUCCGGAUUCUGGGGCUGGAGGACAGAUAAAGCAGAAGUUGUUAAUGGUUACGAAGCAAAGGUUUACACAGUAAACAAUGUGAGUGUCAUAACCAAAAUCCGGACAGAACAUCUGACUGAGGAAGAAAAAAAGAGAUAUAAAGCGGACAGGAACCCACUGGAAUCUCUGCUGGGAACCGUGGAACACCAGUUUGGUGCUCAAGGGGACCUUACCACAGAAUGUGCCACCGCAAACAACCCCACAGCCAUCACGCCUGACGAGUACUUCAGUGAAGAGUUUGAUCUGAGAGACAGGGACAUCGGAAGGCCGAAAGAGCUCACGAUUAGAACACAAAAGUUUAAAGCAAUGCUGUGGAUGUGUGAGGAAUUCCCUCUCUCUCUCGUGGAGCAGGUCAUUCCCAUCAUUGACCUGAUGGCCAGAACUAGUGCUCAUUUUGCAAGACUGAGAGAUUUCAUCAAAUUGGAAUUCCCACCUGGAUUUCCUGUCAAAAUAGAAAUUCCCUUGUUUCAUGUCUUAAAUGCACGGAUUACAUUUGGAAACGUUAAUGGCUGUAGCACUGCUGAAGAAACUGUAUCUCAAAAUGUGGAAGGGACCCAGGCCAAUUCAGCUUCCCCCGUCACAAACUUUGAGGUUGAUCAAUCCGUGUUUGAAAUUCCCGAAUCUUACCACGUUCAAGACAAUGGCAGAAACGUGCAUUUGCAGGAUGAAGAUUACGAGAUCAUGCAGUUUGCCAUCCAGCAGAGCUUACUGGAGUCCAGCAGGAGCCAGGAACUUUCAGGACCAGCUUCAAACGGAGGGAUCAGUCAGAUGCAUGCCUACGAUGCCCAGUAUGAGAGGGCCAUCCAGGAAAGCCUCCUGACCAGCUCCGAAGGCCUGUGCCCUAGUGCCUCGAGUGGGCCGAACCGUUUUGAUAGCGACUUGCAGCUGGCCAUGGAGCUCUCUGCCAAAGAGCUGGAGGAGCAAGAGCUCCGUCUCCGGGAGGAGGAGGCGGAGCUGCAGCAGGUCUUGCAGCUGUCUCUCACUGAGAAAUAGGCCUUUCUGCCCCCGGGUGGCACAAAGCAGAGGCUCGGGGCUGCACGCGAGUGCUGCUGCGUCACCAGGGCCCUGGGGCUGAGGGACACAGCAGAUAGCAGCUGCCCCCUUCUUUACACCGAGGUGCAGGGCCUGGGACUCCAGGGCCAUCACGAUGCUCCCUGGGGAAGGGGCUGGGCACUGGCAGGCCCCAUCUCCAGGCUAAGGGGAGGAGAGCAUCGUCACUUUUCAUUAGCUGUAUUGGCUCGCAGCUCAUGUUUUUACUACCAGCUUUAGACAAAAACCCCAAUCCCCGCAGGUUUGUAGAUUAAUUUUUACCAAGGAGUGAUAACAAAACAAGUUAUUGCGGAGUCAGGUGCUUUUAUAUAUGAGAGCAGCAGCCUUUGUAGAGUGUGGUUUAUGAAAAUUUAUGAGAUACUUCUUUACAGUUCACCAAAGAAAUGGAUAAUCUGUGCCGAUCUCUUUUAUUUUUACCUUUAUACAGGGUUUCUGGGACACAGUCACUGUUCCUCCUGCAUCUCCACUGUAUUCUAUUCCUUCCGCUCUCAGCUAAAGUUAAAGAGGAGAAAUGUACAGGAUCUAUUUUAGAGUAGGGUUAACUUUGCAUCCAAUCCAGAUAUACUAAUGACCACGGAUGUUGCCUUAGCCUUAAGAAAUUACUAAUAGUUUCAAACCACCUCACUCCACUUACGGAGGGAUCUGAUUUGAAUUUGUAAAGGCAGUUCCUUUGAGAGCAGGAUCCUCCAGGCGAAAUCCAAAGCAGCUAAUCCUGGCCCUGCAGGAACCGCGAGGAGAACCUGAACUUUGUUCUUGAAGUGGGCAGGCUGGCCAAAAUACCGGAACAGCACAGAACCAAAACAAGUGUGUGCGCUCCACGCAGGAUUUCUCCCUAGACCCCACCACAUGCCCUCAGCUCACUUGAGAGGCAGGGGUGGAAGUCAGAAAAGGGAGCUAGCUAGCUACACAGGGAACUCAAUGGCGCUGAAUUCAAAAGGGAACAUGAUUCCACAUUGCUUUUUAGAGUUCAAAUCAACAUCUUUCUGGAUAAAUAUAUUUUUUAACAGAAUCUUUUUAUUAUUUUUAAAAGAUAGAAAAACGACUACUCCCAUCAGUAGCAAUACAAGGUUAUACAUUUUAACCAGAUUUUCUCAGGCCUUUUUUGGAUACCUUUAGUAGUUAACUAUUUUGUGUAACCCUUCUGUAAAUAACCAUCGCACAACACCCAGAACCCUGGGGAAUACAGCUGAGGGCACCCUCACUCUGGCCCCUGGAUUCAUUCCCACAGGCUGCACUGAAAUAACCUGGUAAACAAUAUCCUCCUCUGUUUUGCAUCAGUUUCCUAUGUGUUGGCUUCUUUUGGGAUGAGAUGGGAAGAAAAACAAACUGCUGUUCCAGUCGAACUCUGUAUCAUACAGUUAGCAUUGCCAGUAAAACGUUCCUAGUCACAGAGAAUUGUGCUUUUGAUUCCAUCUGCCUUUCUUGUCAUGGUCUGACCAAAAUUCCUUCUCCGUACACAAGGCCAGUAUAUGCAGCAUCACGUUUGUUUCAAAUACACCCCUUGGCAUUUUGUUUACUUAGUAUUUACCUUGAGUGAGGACACCUCUUGGAAAUGGCCGCAGUCAGGCCACAUUGUUUACUCACGAAGGUGAAUCUGUUUGCAUUCCGUUGUUGUUUCCUGAUGUCCGACUUUCUCCCGGGAAGUCAGUUAAAAAAGGACUGAGCUUUUUGUCAACCUGUCUGCAGCGGUUUUUCACACGUGUUCACUCUCAAAAUGCAAAUAAAGACUGCUUCCUUAGAGGGGCUCAUCCAAUAUCC